GUUCUGAGCAUGUGUGACUUCAGUUGGUGGUGGGGAUCCUGGGCACUUCUGAAAAUCCAGUUCAUGGUGACAAACAGUCCCAGGUGUGUGGACAAAGGCAGAUACAAUGUCUGACACCGAUGAGAUGACCAUCAAUCUUCUCUUGGUUGGAAGGACCCAGAGUGGCAAAAGUGCUGCUGGGAAUAGCCUUCUGGGCAGCUCUGACUUUGACAGCCAUCUAUCCCCAAGCUCUGUGACCACAUGCUGCAGUCUCGGAUGCAGCUGCCGCAUCUCAGGCUUCACACGCCGAAAUGGCUACGAGCUAGCCCUGCGGGUUCAUGUCAUGGACACUCCAGGGUAUCCUCACAGCAGCCUGAGCAAAGAAGAGGUGCGGCAAGCGGUGAGGGCAGCUCUGGCUCAGCACUUUGGAGAGGAGGGCCUUCACCUAGCACUCUUGGUCCUGAGAGCUGACUUACCUCUUUGUGAAGAAGAAAAUCAUCACACAAUUCAGCUAGUCCAGGAACUUCUGGGUCCCACAUGGAAAAACUUCACUGCAAUUCUAUUUACGCACGCAGAUAAGGUAGAAGAGGCAGGAUUAAAUGGAGACCAAUACUUUCAUAUUGCCUCAGAUGCCCUGUUAAACCUUUUGAGCUCAGUACAACAGAGAUACAUUUUUGUAGACAACCAGGCAAACACACUCCAACAGGAAAGAAAAACAAUCUUAAGAAAAAUCAUGGAAUUUAUAAGAAAAAAUAGUUACCAAGUGCUUCUAGUUAAAUAA